AUGGCGUUCAUGUGUGGAUCCCGCGCAGGCGCUCCGACGGGGCGGACUGAAGCCCAGAGACCCGCGCCCUCAGCUUCCAAGGGGGCCCGGGCACCAUGCGGAUGUGGGAGGAGGGUCCGCCAUCACAGACUAGCUUGUAGCUGGCCGCGCAAGUCCUUCCGCUGCCCGAGGAAGCGCGACGGCCCGGCCGCCACCUUCUGCUGCGGGAGCUGCCGCCGUCCGUACUGUUGCGCGGCCGCCGAGGAUCGCCUGGACCAGCCGCGCUGCGGGGCGCAGCCCCAGCCCGGACCCGAGGCCGGCGCUUCCCCUCCGCCGCUUUUGCAAAUCUUGCGGGUCAUGACCUGGUUUUGUUCCGGCGUGCUGGCUUUUCUGCUGGGCUUUGUGGGCCUCCGUUACCUCUACUUCUGCCUGGAGAGCUGCCUCGAGUCCUUCAUGGAGGAACCCCCACAAAUCCCAAUGGAUGAGAUCGACAGAUCGGCUGGGUGUCCCAUCACGGACCACCGACAGAUCUCGCUUGACGACCCGCCGCCUCCUUACAGCGCCUGCGUGAGCACUGGCCCCCCGUCUUUGGGCGCUGGAGACUGCCAGCGUUCCCGAAGCCUGUCUUCUACCUUGGACCACGAGACACUUGUCCAGUUCCGUCGUGGCACGCCAGAAACCCCAGGGAUGGGGUAACCAACCCUCUUGCUUUUGGCCAACGUCGGCCCCUUCCAUCUAGAACAGAUGUUACUUCUUACCCAAACUAGAAACCAUCAUUUGACUCAAGACGAGACUUGCUUUUAAGCUUACAGAAUCAGACUAGCUUUGUACAAUGUUUUUAUCAGUGUGUGUUACAUAGGCAAGAUGUUGCAUUUUUAAAUUUAGUGCCCUGCGUCCUGACUUCAGUCCUUCCCCUUUUUCCUGAUAACGAGGCACUGGUGUGCCAGAAGAAGCCUUGGCCCAAGUGAGCCCCUGGUGGAUAGCCCUCUGAGUGAAUGCUGGACUACAUUGCCUAUGAGCCACACCAACAGAUGUGAGGAAUGCUGAGAGUUAAAGAGAAAGAGGGCCACCCUUCACCUACCCCUAUCUCACCGAUAUCCUGGAAUGUGCCCUGAGAUAUUUGCUACGAUGGCUCUAUAAUGGAGUUUGCUUAGAGCAGUGGUCCCCAACCUUGGGCCUCCAGCUGCUCCUGGACUACAACUCCCAGAAGCCUUCACCACCACAU